CCUAAAUUAUUAACCGGUUUGUCGUCGUUGUAAUGAAGGCCGAUUACCAAAUAUGCUGAUACAUAGUUUCUGUAUCGUGUUUUGCAAAACUCUUGAAGAUAAUAGAGAGAGAGGGAGAUAUAUAAAUACGAUCAAUAAAUGCAAAUAGUGUCGGCAUGUAAUUCGCCGGUCGUCGUACCUGAGAUUUUGAUUCUUCUCUUGACAUGUCUUUUCCCCCACACACACCAACACACAUUUUCUUUUCAAAUUCAUUCUCAAAUCUCCAUCUCUCUCUCUCUCUCUCUCUCCAUAAUUAUUGCUCAAAUCAUAUAUACUCUUCUUCUUAGUUCUUCCCCUACAUAUGUACAUUGAUUCGGUUUAAAUUUCUAGGGUUUUGAUUAAGAGUCGUUGAAAAUGGGGAGAGCACCUUGUUGUGAGAAGACAGGAUUGAAGAGAGGGCCAUGGACUCAAGAAGAAGACGAACUGUUGAUUGAGUAUAUCAAGAAGAACGGCCAUGGAAGCUGGCGAUCUCUACCAAAACUCGCUGGUUUGCUCCGGUGUGGUAAGAGUUGUCGGCUCCGGUGGACAAACUACCUUCGACCAGACAUCAAGCGCGGUCCCUUUAGCCCCGAAGAAGAAAAACUCGUCAUUCAACUGCAUGCCAUUCUCGGCAAUCGAUGGGCUGCAAUUGCAGCCCAAAUACCAGGAAGAACAGAUAACGAGAUCAAGAAUUUAUGGAACACUCACUUGCGAAAACGUCUUCUUUCCAUCGGAAUCGACCCACAAACCCACGAGCCGACCGCCAUAUCGGGCCCGCUAAAACGACCGCCGGCCUCCCCGUCCACCCGCCACAUGGCGCAAUGGGAGAGUGCCAGGCUGGAGGCCGAAGCACGUCUUUCAAUGGAAUCGUCUCUACUUUUAAGCCCAUCGAUAACAAACAAAAGAAUCAACAACACCGCUAAUGCCGACUAUUUUCUCCGGAUUUGGCAUUCCGAAGUCGGGAACUCAUUUAGAAGCAUGAAUAAGGUUGUGUGUUCUAGUCCGGCUUCACAAGCCUCGGUUUCCGGGACGACUAUGGAAACGGUACACAAACCGGAAUUGGAAUCGGAAUUGAAAUUUGAGGGUAAAAGCGGACAUUUCUACACUGGAAUCACACAUUCCUCGAGCUCGGAUGAAGUUGAGGAUUCGUCGGAUACCGCGUUACAGUUGUUUUUUGAUUUCCCUGGUCAAAAUGAUAUGAGCUUCUUGGAAGCACAUUUCAAUUAAAGUUGAACUAGAAGAGAAACUGUCUGACAGACAGCUCGUUUCAGACAGGUUCUCUUCUGGUAUCAGUUUUUAUGAAAGAAGACAAGAUAUUUGAGUACGAGGUCUUCGUUGUAUUGUAAUUUUAUAUAUAUAAUCAUGACGCUUUUAUGA